AUGGUGGGAUCAGGACCACACCAAACAGAGCCUGCAGGUUCUCAGCGGCAAGACAACUUUCUUAACCUUGAACGGGAAAGAGAUCAGGGCAAACAUCGAGAGGGUAGUGUACGUACCACCCAUACAAGCAAAAACCAUUUUAGAGUGAGAAGUCACGUAUCUCAAAAGCAGGACGAUAACAAAGCCCUACAGCGGGAGAUUGAAGACUUAAAGAAGAAACUACGUCAUGAGCAACGGAGGCGCUCCGCCUCCAGUUCAAAUACUAGUGAUGAAGGGGACGACAAUUAUAGGCAAAGGUCAAGAACUCCACCAAGAAAGCCUGUCACCAGCCUGCGCCAACUCAUGGACCAGAUCGACAAGUAUAAAAGGGUUGAAGAAGACCAGCAAUUGGGAAAAGGUAAGGCAAAGGAGUCCAAAAAGGCCAAGAAGGAAGCCUCGCUAGUGUUAGGAUUCUCGGACGAGGAUAAGAUCGGAACCAUCCAACCCCAUGACGAUGCUCUGGUAGUCACACUCAGGAUUAAAGGAUAUGAUGUGAAGAGAGUGCUGGUGGAUCAAGGCAGUGCUGUGGAAGUAAUGUACCCCGAUCUGUACAAAGGGCUGAACUUGAAACCCGAGGACCUAACGGUGUACAAUUCCCCGCUGGUAAGUUUCGAGGGAAAAACCGUCACUCCAAGGGGCCAGAUCAGACUACCCAUACAAACCAGUUCGGACAUGGUAGAGGUGGAUUUUAUUGUAGUUGACGCUUAUUCACCCUACACAGCUAUUGUAGCUAGGCCUUGGCUUCAUGCUUUAGAGGCUGUCUCCUCUACCCUGCACCAGAAGGUGAAGUACCUGUCAAAGGGCCAGGUUAAAGAGAUUGUGGGGAAUCAGACCUUGGCCAGAUAG